AUGAGCUGUCUCGUGACAAUGGAGUCCAUCGGGCCUUGGAGCCGCGAGGAAUACGGCAUUUGUUUGCAGUCAGGGACAUCAGCGCUGACGUCUGACUCUGACAAUGGACUGGAUAGGACAUGGGUCGUUUUUUCCCGGCUGUGUCCUUGGGUGGAGCAUGAUGGAGUGGGAAUGAGGGGUGGAGGUGUUGGCCGUUGGCCGUUGGCGAAAACGGCGCCGAUACGGGCCCUGCACUGGAUCCUCGUGGCGCUGACGUGCCUCCUCGCCUCCAGCACCGCCCGAAGAGCGAACCCCGUCUCCCGCUACCAGAGAGGCGGCGCCCGCCCCGGACUCAGCAGCCAC